AUGACGACGUAUUUCAAGCUGGUGAAGGGUGCUACUAAGAUCAAGUCAGCUCCGCCUAAGCAAAAGUACCUGGACCCGAUCCUGUUGGCGACGGGCAGUGAAGAGGACUUCUAUGAGAUCGUGAAAGCUUUGGAUUCCCGGGUUAAUGAUACGGCAUGGACGAUUGUGUACAAGACUUUGUUGGUGGUACACCUCAUGAUGAGGGAGGGUAAGAAAGACGUUGCAUUGCGGUACUACUCUAGGAACCUGGAGUUUUUCAGCAUUGAGAAUAUACGUGGUUCCAGUGGCAGUGCGUCUGGCGAUAUGAGGGCGCUCGAUCGAUACGAUAAUUAUCUGAAGGUCAGAAGCAGAGAGUUUGGUAAAAUCAAAAAGGACUACGUGAGAGACGGCUAUCGGACGUUGAAAUUGAACACUAACAACUACGGAAACUCCAAGAACAAGCAGCACUCUAUUAAUAUUGCGCUAGAUCACGUGGAGUCUCUGGAGGUGCAGAUCCAAGCUCUGGUCAAAAACAAGUAUACGCAGUUUGACCUGAGUAACGAACUGGUCAUAUUCGGCUUCAAGCUGCUUAUCCAAGACCUUUUGGCCCUAUACAACGCUCUCAACGAAGGUAUCAUAACGCUACUGGAGUCGUUUUUCGAAUUGUCUCAUCAGAACGCCGAAAGAACUCUGGACUUGUACAAGACGUUUGUCGACCUGACCGAACAUGUUGUCAGAUACUUGAAGAACGGUAAGACUGCGGGCUUGAAGAUACCUGUUAUCAAACACAUCACUACAAAACUGGUCAGAUCGCUGGAGGAACAUUUGAUAGAGGACGAUAAAACCCACAGCACGUUUGUGCCCAUCGAUGGUUCUCAAGGCGGCGCCGGUGCCACAGCGUCCAGGUCUAUCGCCCAGGAGAGGCUGGAGCAGAUUCGCGAACAAAAGAGGAUACUGGAGGCACAGUUGAAAAAUGAACAGGUACCGAUAUCUCCUGCCGUCACCACGGCCACAACCGCCCAAUCAUAUAAUCCAUUCGGCGCAGACUCUUCCGCGCAUACUAACAUUCCAAUUGCGGGGGCCAAUCAACCACAGCAAACCCCAAACAAUCCAUUUGUAACUCAAAUGCAACCACAAGGAGUGGUUCCACAGGCUGCACGUACAGAACCUGUUACUUUCAAUGCUCCACAAUAUGCAAUGGUCCAGCCCGUGGCAAACACCAGCCCGGUACAAGAACCCGGUGUAAGUGCCCAACUAACAGGAUACUAUUCUAUCAAUAACCAUCUAACUCCUACAUUCACGGGCGCGGGAUUUGGGGGAUAUUCCGUUUCACAGGGCACGACUUCGGGGUUUGAUCAACAAGUCGCACAGUCACAAACUGGUUCGAACAAUCCAUUUGCAUUGCGGAACCCUGCAACGAUUGCUACGGGAAACCCCACGCAGGAGCCUGUCUUGAAUAACCCAUUUUCGGAACCAAACUUCAAUGAACAAAAUGCCGGUUUGCCACCACAACAACAAGUAAUAAGUAAUCCCUUCCAAAAUCAAACGCAUCUUCAACAGCAACAACAACAACAGAAAGUACUUUCAAGCACGAUAAAUAGCGUUAUGACGACUCCUACCAGCAUGCAGGGGUCAACAAAUGUACAACGUUUUGAUAACGUGCAAUUUCCUGCUCCCUAUACUCAAAACCUGCCACAACAACCACAACAGCAACAGGGGUCUUACGCGCCCGCAACCGCAGCGGUUACUCCUAUUGUAAAUACUACAGGAAUCGUCCAACCACAGACUAUUCCGUUCUACCCACAACAGCAACAGCAGUCUCAAACGCAGCAUCAAGGUUUGGGCGACCGGUAUACGAACGGCAACUUCAAUUUAAUUGAUAUGUGA